GCGAAGAGGCGCGGGGCAGGGCUGAGCGCAGCGCGCAUCUGCCGAGCGGUGGCAGGGAAGGAGGAGGGGAGGGAAGAGAAGGAAAGCGGCUUUUCCCGGUGCGCGGCCACCGGUACCCGAGCAUCUUCGCUGCCGCAGGGUGCGGAGCCACCGGCGGCUGCUGCUUCGCCGGUUCCGCGCAGCCGCCGGUACCCGAGCAUCUUCUCCACCGCGGGUGCGCAGCCACCAGUCCACGCAGCUUUCCCGUUUCCCUGCAGGCACCGUAACCGCGUACCAGCCCGACCGCCUAGUCUCACCCCUCCCCACGCAGGGGCAGAGGGAAACCUGGUGGAUUUAUCCUGCGAACGCGGCGUUUUCUCCCAGGAUCCGGUCAAUCUCACCCUCCCCGGGAGCUCCGGGCAGCCGCAGCGCCGAGGUCCUGCUGAUGAAGAGGAGGUGAGGCCUGAGCUAUAGCUUAUACAGGUACUGUUCCCUGCGGGACGCUCAUCUCCCCUGACCCAAUCCCACCCCUGGGGGCCACGUGUAGCCGUCCCAAUGCCGAAGAACAGCAAGGUGACGCAGCGGGAGCACAGCAGCGAGCAUGUCACCGAGUCGGUGGCCGACUUGCUGGCCCACGAAGAGCCUGUGGACUACAAACGCAGCAUCCUCAAUGUGACAGGGGAGACCUGGGACAGGCAGAAGGAUGGAGAGGAGGAGCUGGAUGCUGAGAACCGUCCUGCAUGGAACAGCAAGCUGCAGUACAUUCUGGCACAGAUCGGCUACUCCGUGGGGCUGGGCAACGUCUGGCGCUUCCCGUACCUUUGCCAGAAGAAUGGAGGAGGCUCUGGUGUGUGCCUUUGGAUCGCCUGCCACCCUGUGGGAGUGAGACACAAGCUCCUAAGCCUGUUCCUCAGCCCCUGUCAGGAGGUUGGAGUAAUUCAUCAGGCGGGCACUGAGCGUGCCUACCUGGUCCCAUACCUCGUCCUGCUCAUCAUCAUCGGGCUCCCCCUCUUCUUCCUGGAGCUGGCGGUGGGGCAGCGGAUCCGCCGGGGCAGCAUCGGUGUCUGGAAUUAUAUCUGUCCUCGUCUGGGGGGCAUCGGCUAUGCCAGCUGCCUUGUCUGUUUUUUUGUCGGUCUCUAUUACAAUGUCAUCAUCGGCUGGAGCAUCUUUUACUUCUUUAAGUCCUUCCAGUACCCUCUUCCCUGGAGCGAGUGUCCCAUCGUGAAGAAUGGUUCGGUGGCUGUUGUGGAGACUGAAUGUGAGAGGAGCUCAGCCACCACCUAUUUCUGGUACCGGGAGACCUUGGACAUCUCCAACUCCAUCUCAGAGAGUGGGGGGCUCAACUGGAAGAUGACUCUGUGUCUGCUGGUGGCCUGGAGCCUUGUUGGCUUGGCUAUGAUCAAAGGCAUCCAGUCCUCAGGGAAGGUGAUGUACUUCAGCUCCCUCUUCCCCUACGUGGUGCUUGUUUGCUUCUUGGUGCGGGGACUUCUGCUGCGCGGGGCGGUGGAUGGGAUCAUGCACAUGUUCACACCCAAGCUGGACAAGAUGCUAGACCCCCAGGUGUGGCGAGAGGCAGCUACACAGGUUUUCUUUGCCCUGGGCUUGGGCUUUGGAGGAGUCAUCGCCUUCUCCAGCUACAACAAGCAAGACAACAACUGCCACUUUGAUGCUACGCUCGUCUCCUUCAUCAACUUCUUCACAUCUGUCCUGGCCACUUUGGUUGUGUUUGCUGUGCUGGGCUUCAAGGCCAACAUCAUGAAUGAGAAAUGUGUGGUGGAGAACGCUGAGAAGAUCUUGGGCUACCUGAACAGCAAUGUGCUGAGCCAUGACCUCAUCCCACCCCAUGUGAACUUCUCCCACCUCACUGCCAAGGACUACAAUGAGAUGUACAGGGUGAUCAUGACAGUCAAAGAGGGACACUUCAAAGAACUGGGCUUGGAUGCCUGCCUAUUGGAGGAUGAACUCAACAAGUCGGUGCAAGGAACUGGCCUGGCCUUCAUUGCUUUCACAGAAGCCAUGACCCACUUCCCAGCCUCACCGUUUUGGUCCGUCAUGUUCUUCCUGAUGCUGAUAAACCUAGGCUUGGGAAGCAUGAUCGGGACCAUGUCAGGCAUCACUACACCCAUCAUUGACACCUUCAAGGUGCGGAAGGAAGUGUUCACAGUUGGCUCCUGCGUCUUUGCCUUUGUGGUGGGACUGAUCUUUGUGCAGCGCUCCGGGAAUUACUUUGUCACCAUGUUUGAUGAUUAUUCAGCCACACUGCCGCUCACGGUCGUGGUCAUCCUGGAGAACAUCGCUGUGGCCUGGAUUUAUGGCACCAAGAAGUUCAUGCAGGAGUUGACAGAAAUGCUGGGUUUCCAGCCUUACCAGUUCUACUACUACACAUGGAAGUACGUCUCUCCCAUCUGCAUGGCCGUGCUUAUGACCGCCAGCAUCAUCCAGCUGGGAGUCAGCCCCCCAGGCUACAGCGCAUGGAUCAGAGAGGAGGCUGCAGAAAAGUUCCUUUUCUACCCAAGCUGGGCCAUGGCUAUUCUCAUCUCUCUCAUCAUCCUGGCAUCCCUUCCUCUGCCUCUGGUCUUCAUCCUUCGGCAGUUCCACCUCAUCUCAGAUGGCUCCAAUGCCCUCUCUGUCACCUAUAAGAAGGGACGGAUGAUGAAAGACAUCUCCAAUUUGGAAGACAACGAUGAGACCCGCUUCAUCCUGAGCAAAGUGCCCAGCGAGACCCCAUCCCCCAUGCCCACACACCGUUCCUACCUGGGUCCUGGGAGCAACUCCCCCAUGGAAAUGAGCAGUGCCCCCAAUGGACGAUACGGGAGCGGGUACCUACUGGCCAGCACCCCUGAAUCCGAACUGUGAUGAUUGCCUGCCGACCACCCCCACUGGGAGAGGAGGUCACUGGGGAGUGGAUCCUGGCUGUCCAGGCAACAGGAAAAUCAAUUAAGAAGAAAGAUGAAGAAGAACCCCCUCUUAAAAUUGUACCCAAAAGCAGCCAUUUCUACAGUGACAUCGGGAAGAAGGGACUGCGGGAGGGGCAGGACUCCUCCAACAACCCUCAUCUGACAGGCAUGCCUUUCGGGGAAGGGAGGAGGAACAAGAGAUGGUGCAAUAUCUUGCCAAGAGUUGUUCCCACACAGCUCAGAUCUGAAGCAAAGAAAUCUCUCUUUUCUAAGCAGCUGAUGGUUGGAAAAAGGACCUGGCAGCAGGUGGAAAUCCAAACAUACUUCCACCUGGAACCCAGAGCUCUUCCCUCCCUGACUGUUGUCCUUUAGCUGGGAGGAGUCAUGGCCUUAUUCCAAUGAGCACAAUUAACCAUCGGUGUUCAUAGCACAAAAUGGUGCUGCUGUUGUUACCAUCGGUGUUGUUGUAUUAUCUCCUGUAGUUUUUAGCGCUGUGGACACACCCAAAUAACCCCCAAAUCUCAACCAGGGUUGGCAGGGAGCAGCGCGGGGCUGACUGAGAUGCUGCAAUGUGCGAGACAGUGGAUGGUGGAUCCUUGGGAUAGGUUUUGUUACCACCAGCAAUGGGGCAGAAUCUAUGGGGUCUUCUGAGACAUGGCAAUGUCACGUCAGCAUUGUGUCACAUUCAUGAUGUGUCUGUCAGCAUGCUCUGUGGUUGGGCAGUUAUCAGUCAUGCUGAGUGUCAGAAGGACCUCUAAAGUGAAGGGGGUUUGGAUGUGGGAGUGUGUAUGUGGGCCUGGAUAGGGUUAUCAUCAUGGGGGUCAGGAGCGGUCUCCUGGAAUUACUCCUGACAUGUGGAACGCUCUGCUGAACCAAAAUCCCUGGCAUGGUGAUUGUCUUCUCUUGCCAUCCACUUUGGAACUCCCAGAAGGAUGUGCAGAGAAGCCGUGGGGCAUCCAGUGCUACCACAGUCCUGGGUUAGCGGGUGGCUUCCUGAGAGCUGACUUACGUCCCUUGCACCCACCAGCUGAGAUGAACUGGGUAGGGAGAAUCCCUGGACACGUGUCCUCAUUUCUCAUAGCUUUGAGCCAAGGUGUCUGCAUUGCCUCCUGUUGCACCUCUCCAGGAGGUCACCUGCCUUCGGCUGGGGGUAAUGAGCCCUUGGGGACAGCAGGUUUCUGCUGAGCAGCAGUUCUUGGGAGGCAGUGCCAGGUCCUUAUGUCCAUGGCAGCUCUUGAUCUAGGACAGGGAGCCCAGGGGCCUUUAUCAUGCCCCUCCACAUUGUCUUAUGACCAGAUAGAUGGACCUUAUGUUGUUUUUCCCCAAGCUGUCUGGAAAGAUUGGGAUCUCCCAGCUCUGUGUCUCUUCCGCUGGGACUGAAGGUCAUUUCCCUGAAUCCUCCACAUAGCCGAGCGUUCAGCAGCCUGCUUGCACCCUCUGUCCCUCUCAGCACAUUUCUGUGGCUUCCAAAAGUCAAGGGAGCUCCUAAUCCUUGGUUCUGCUGGGCAUAGGUCAUGCAUGAUGGUAUUUCAAGCUGAUCUGAAGGCCAGGUUUGUGAAUGCUUGCCCAUGAACACUUCUUUCCUCCAUUUUCCUAUCAAUGGAUUUUCUUCCACUUUGAUUUGCCUUUCAGCUGAGAGGCAAAGGCAGAAAGGACCUGGUGCAUCCACCACAUCCUUCACUUCUCUUAGCAUCCCUGGGGCCAGGAGGUCCUGCACAAUGGCAUUUGACUUGUGGAUUCUGAUCCUUUGUUGAUGAUUCUUCUCCAUGGGCUUGGCUGGUGACCUGAAGCCUCUCUUGGACAAUGAGGUCAGGCCCUUCAUUAGUCAACUUUCCAGCGGGAAAAUGGAGGCAUUGACUGAACCAAAGCAGCUCAGUCAUUAGUGACUCUGAAAAGCACCAGUGCUGUGUGGUCAGGAUCAGCCAUGCUCUCGUCUCUCCUCCAGCGAUCCCCACUUCACCAUCCCCGCUUUUCCUUCCCCUGCCUGUGCAGGGGGACACAGAAAUAUCCCCACCCCAUCAUCUCUGAAAGGAAGAAGAACAAAACCUGUGGCAUUUCCCCAUUAUGAGGCAAACUGUUCCCUCACAUCUAUUAUUUCUCCCUCUGUCCCUAGUUUCCUUCACCCAAUAAGCAAAACAGAGGCCGACCCAAAUUCUUGCCCAACAUCACCUUCCCCAUCGAUGCCCCUGAGCCCAGGGGCUGGAUUCCCACCACAGCUCCCAUGGAGUAAAUGGAGCAGGACACCUCCCAGAGCCAAAGGGCUUGGUCCCAUCCCCUCUUGGGGCACCUUGAACCCUGGGGGGAAGGAUCUGGUCCUCCAUCUCUCCCAUCCCCACUCCCAAACCGGCCAGGGAGGUCCUCCUCUCUUUUUGCAGCAUCAACAAGAGGCAAAGUCAAUAAGAAGGAACAAAAAGCUUUAUUCUAUUGAUAGAAAAUUCACCCCGAGAGAGGAGAUGGAAUGAUAACCGAGCAGUUCUGUUUCUGUCGGAGAUUUAUUGGUGGCCCUGCCAAUGCUGUUUGAAACAGGUUCCACAGUGCCCUGUGCCACAUUUCCCCCUGGUGCUGCACACCAAUUCUCACUGGAGAGCAGGGCAGAUUUGUACUUUUUUACUUCUUAUGGGUGGUGGGUGGCCAUCCCCACCCCAGCAUAUCUAGCUGCCCUGGGGACCCAGCGGAAAGGAAGAGAAGGGACCCCACCUGUCUUUUGAGCUGUGGCUUGGAUCAGGAACAGCGUGGCCAGCGGGAACAGGGAAGGGAUCAAUUCCUGUGCUCAGUGAGGCCACAUGUCAAAUCCUGGGUUCAGUUUUGGGUCCCUCGCUAUAAAAAGGACAUUGAGGGGCUGGAGUAUGUCCAGAGAAGAGAAUGGAGCUGGUGAAGGGGCUGGACAACAAGUGUUAUGAGGAGUGGCUGAGGGAUGUGGGGUUGUUUAGCCUGGAGCAAAGGAGGCAAAGGGGACAACUCAUCACUGUCUGCAAUUGCCCAGAAGUGUAGCGACAUGGGUGUUGGUCUGUUCUCCUAAGUGGCAGGCAAUAGGAUGAGAAGGAAUGGCCUCAGGCUGCACCAGGGCAGGUUCAGGUUGGACAUGAGCAAAAAUUUCUUCACUGAAAGCAUUCUCAGGCACUGGCAGAGGCUGCGCAGGGAGGUGGUUGAGUCCCUAUCCCUGGAAGUGUUUAAAAGACGGGUGGAUGAGGUAUUCAGGGAUGUGAUUUAGUAGUGGACAGGUGUGGUUGGGCUUGUUGAUCUCAAAGGUCUUUUCCAACCUAGUGAUUCUACGAUUCUAGUUGUGAGCACAAGCACUUUGCAGUUUGCCUCCAUGUGGUGGGAGAAGGAGGGCAGAACUGCUGCCUGUGAUCCCCUUUCCCUAGAUGGGCUCGCCACUCGGUUCCUAACCACCUGGAUCCUGCUGCUCGGAGCAGGAUAGUGUUGCUGGCUUGGGCGUGCAGAGGUAGCCCAAGAGUGUUUUAAGUCACAAAGGGAAGGGUCGAGGGAGUCGAGGCUGCAGUGGGGCAGAGGGCAUGGCUGGUGCUGAGGGCAGAGGGCUUUGCAAGAGGAUGACCACUCCAUGCUGGCAGUGCUGUGGGUCCAAGGGGUGUGCAGUCCCCCAUCCCUGAGCAUCCAGCUCUGCUGCCUGUGCUGGGGUUGGGGGCUGUACCUGCCCUUGACACUGAUGCAGAGCAGAGGGGGCAGCUGGAGCUGGUCAUACUCUACUGAUUUGCACCUUCCCUAGGUGUCCGUUGGCCCAUUCACUUCUAUCCGUCCAAAACAGCCCCCGCUUCACCUCCCAGCCCCCUCCCCAGCCCCUGGCAGGUCCUGUCAAACCCCAGCACCUCCCUGGAGCAACUCCCACAGCCUCCCUCCUGUCCCCACCUUUCUUCUUGCUGACAGGAGCACAGAGCACAGCUGGGUGGUCUAGGGGACACUGCACAAGCCAGGCAGAGCCACAGCAGCACGUGGGGUGCAGCUGUUUUCCAUGUGGGCAGGCAGAGUGCUGGCAAAAUCCUCCUGUACAGGUAAAAGCACAGAUCUUGUAGUAACUCGUCCCAUGUAUCCUCGUAGCUGGUGUAUUUACCACGUGUACCGUGCUGGCCAGACUCCUCAGCAGUUGAGAAGAA